UUCAAUAACUAUAAAGAGCCCUGUGAUGGAAAAUUUGAAAACAGGUCUGAUUCUUUAGGCGACAAGCUCGCGCGUAUCUUUGAUUGCGGGUAAAAGUAGUCGCCAAAGUAGAUUUUAUUUUGAUUCUUAUAAUACAUGAAGCUGAUUAAAAUUUGGGGAUUUAUGUGGUUAAGGUCUAACAUACCGAAAAUUUUCAGUUUUUCGCAAAAAAAAACAAAACGGGUAAUUCGUACAACUUUAAUCGCAUGGCCUUUCUGUUCAGUAAGAGUGGAAAACUCUUACUCAAAAAGAUUCCAAACAACUGUGAUUGAAACAAUAUGAGUUGAGCUCAAAAACUUCAAACACUGUUAUUCAAUUGAAAAUUCGUUGGCUGUAAAAAAUAGAAGACAACAUUAUUUCUUGAAAGUUGAAAGUAGUUACUGUACAUGAGCAGUUUCUAAAGAUAACUUCAAAAUUUGUGUGUUUCUAUUUUGUAGGUACCAAGCUACUAAUGCUGAUGCAUAUUCGAAGGUUCAACUACCACAUGAAAAACGUAUUCACGGUCGGCGAAUCGUUGACUACGAAUAUUUCAUCAAAUGGAUAACAUUAGCCCAAGCCACACACUCUCAAACAUGUUUAGGAGUAUUGAACCCGUUUCAUGAAGACAUCAGAUCGAUGGUGUCUUCCAUUUACCUGAAAUGUAAUGUUUGUGGUGAAAUGGUUAAGGGAUCAUCAGAACAGCCUUCACCGGUGCACCGUCUACGACGCAAUAUUGCAUGGGCGAUUUUGUGCAGUGGGGCCACAUAUACUCAAGCAAACGAAUUGUUCUCAUAUUUGAAUAUACCAUUUCUUGCCCGAAACUCAUUCAUGAAAGAUGAAAUAGCUUUAGACGAUGUUCUUGAAGACGCACUAGAAGAUUCGUUGAACCAAGCUGUUGAAGAAGAGAAGGCUUCUGUGUUAGAAGAAAUGAUUCAAAAAGGAAUGGUACCCCCUACCGCGGAGUAUAUAAACUCUUGUGCGGCCUUGGAUGGAUCGUGGGGCCAGAGAAGCAACGGCCAUCGGUAUAAUUCAGCGUCGGGCUGUGCAGCUAUAAUCGCAACAAGAACCAAAAAAGUUUGCUUCGUCGGCUGUAAAAAUAAGCGAUGCGUUGCUUGCACAAUGAAUAUAACAAGAACGAAAAAUAAUCAACCAAUACGUCGGCACAAAUGCUACAAAAAUUAUAAAGGUGCAUCAGGAGGUAUGGAACCCGCCAUAAUUAUAGAGGGUUUUGAGGUUCUCAGGAAGAAAGGAUUAAAAUUCACAACGGUAGUGACUGAUGGAGAUUCAACGACAGUCGCACGCCUCAAAAACAGUUGCCAGUACGGACCGGAAAUACGUCACCAAUUGUGCUGCAACCAUGUUAUGAAGAACAUGGGGAAAAAGCUACGUGAGAUCAAAUGUCCAAAGCAGUAUGCAGCUGUCGUGAAUAAAUGCAUCGAUAGGACUACAAAAGGCAUACGAGCAGCCAUUAAGCAUUGCGCUGAAAGCACCUCAGAGUUGGAUAUAGAAGGAUUGAGGUAUGAUAUCCGAAACGCUCCUUUCCAUGCCUUUGGGAGACACUCUGCCUGCCGCGACUAUUUUUGCACGAUCAAAGAAGAAGAGGAUGGUGAUAAUUUGAUACCGGAAUUGGAGAAAGCUGGAGUUUGGAAUAAAAUUUUGAUUGUCGUUGAAAAGAUUGCCGCAAAAGCUGAGUUUAUUUGUGAAAAUAAAACCAGUAAUUUGUAUGUAAUGAAUUUAACAAAUUAAACUUAAGCUCAUAGGUAUUAUUUUGUCAACAGGGUUGAAAAUUUAUACUGUCGUUUAAGUAAAUACAAUGUAGGUAAACGAGUGGAUACCAUGAGUCGUGGAUCCUACCAGCGUCGAGUAUAUAUAACAAUCCUACAACACAAUGAUGGUUAUCUGUGGCAAGAUAAAUAUAUGCGUACUUUCACUGGCGAUGACCCUGGAUUUUUCAUGCGGAAGAUGAUUGAAGCUAAAAAGGGAUGCUCUCGUCGAACGAAAAUUGCUCGAAGUAAACCUACAUACUGUCGUCGAAAGGUCGUGCAAUGUCCUGAAGAAGAACUCGAUUAUGGAGAAGAGGCUGUUGCUGCCGUAGAAGAUCUUCCAAACGAGCUGUUCGACCUUAGUACGUUAAUAUCGAAAUAUGAGCUGUCGGAUACAACCAGGGAACAAUUGGCUACCACUAUUCCAAUAACGGUAAUGAAAGAAAUAGCUAUGGGUCGGAUCCUCACUAAAUUCGUCCCCGAGCUUAUAAACUGCAGAGAAUCGAAUAAGUGGAAAAAAUGUGACAUGAUCCUUCAAGCUACGAACACUUGGAACUACCUCAAAAGUAAUCGAGCUAUAGUUGGGCUAGUUCUACGUUGCUUAACCGAGCAACUUGGAUCUAAAACAGGAGAGUGUCAAAUGUUCGUUGACACGUGUCACACAUAUUUGUGUAGCGUUGUGGACGCAAUUUCUGAAGACGGCACUACAGCUCUUCUAAUAAAGAAAAGCGAGUCUAAAGAAUCUGUAUCCACCACUAUCAGGAAGCCUUCAAAUAAGUUUGGGUGUCGAAUGAAGGAUGGAAACCUAACUAUCUGCAAAAGCUUGCAAAUUGAAGUGCAAUCUCUGUUACAUACGUGUAAAAUCUCGAAAUGCCUGAUUUGUUUUGUCAAUUCAAGUAACCAUACGGACAACGUUCAAACGAUGGUCGAAUAUGAUGAUGAUUAUUUCCAGAAGCAUGUUUCAAAGAAGCUGUCAGACUUCUUCGAGCAGUUUUUGAGCAAAAAAGUAUUUGACAAUUCUGUUUCGAUAAAACGCUAGUGAAAAGUACGUAAACACAACGCAUUGAAGGUGAGUAAAUUCAUGUUAUUUAAAUAAUGAAAAAAAGCAAGUCUUUAUAUUAUGUUCCACUUUUCAUUGUUUUAAUUAAUGUAAUCCUUUCCCAAUUGAUAUAUUUAAUAAACAAGUUAAGCCAAUACUGUAUGUAUAUGUUUUUGUUCAAAAAGCGUGUUUUACAGAUGGUCGCAUGUUGUGAAUUGUAUGUUGAGACUACUGAGGAUCGUAUUUUAUCUAUCUAACAUAUGCAAUUAAUUAGUAGCCGUUUAUUACCUCGUUUAUUAUUUGCGAGAGGGGGCUGGUCGACCAAAGCUUGUACUGCAUACAAAUUUAAUCCUAACAAGAUCAAUAUGAUGAGACUUGACCGAAUAUUAGUUAACGUUAUCCACUUUUUAUGAUUUUUAAAAGUAAUUAUCGCCUUUUUCGCCUCACAUCGACACAUCGAUAUUACAACGAAUUAAAAUCAAAUAUUUUCAUAUCACACGAUUUAUCACUCUUAGGUGGAUCGAUCUUUGGUAAUAAUAACAAACCCAUUUGACAGACAGUUUGUUUGCAACUGUUUAUAAUGCAAUCGAUUACACGCACACACACAAUACUGCCAUUACACAAAUACAAAUGCAAAUGAUCUGAUGGACUCAGUGAAGUUUCA